AUGGAAAUUUCUCUGCGCAUCCGGCUGAUACGCCUCCUUCGCUCAGCGCAUCAGUUCUUCCUCCCGGUUACUGCGAAAAUGGACACCCUGACAUACAUUCUUCUGGCGAUUACUCUCAUUUUAUUCGUCGGACCUGCCAUUUUUAGGGACCGCUCGCCUAUUCCCGAAACCUCAAAGAGAGUGGUAAAAGUAACCGAGGCCGCCGAACUAGAUGCUAUCCUUUCCUCUACCACUCGUGUAGUAGUUGACUUUUAUGCGGACUGGUGUCCUCCAUGUCGAGCAAUCGCGCCUAUUUUUUCCAAACUAGCAGAGGAACACUCCUUGCCUGGUCAACUCGCUUUCGUCAAGGUCAAUGUCGACCAUGUCAAAAACGUAGCUCAGCGAUAUAAUGUCUCGGCGAUGCCAACCUUUGUUUUCUUUCGGGAUGGUGAACCUCAAGGAGUCUCUGUGGAAGGUCUUACAGCCCGCAGCUCGGUCAGGUCCACUGACAGUGGCUUGGUGGACAGAAUUCUUGGUGCAGACCGAGUGGCUCUUGAGGCUGUGAUCCAAGCAUUGUCACUUCAGCGUCGGAAUUAG